UAGAGUAUUUAUAACAAAAAAAAUAUAAUACAAUAAAUAAAAAUGUUUCAACAAACGGAAAGUUCUAAAGGUUCAUUCUUGGAGCAGACCAAAGCUGCUAGAGAAGAAAGAGCACUUGAAAAACGCAAGGAAUUAGCUGCUACACAAAUUCAAGCAUACAUUCGCGGAUGGCUAGCUAGAAAAAGAUUUGAAUUGAUAAUAUUAAAUGAAUUCAAUAACAUCCUAGGAAAUGUCGAUGAAAAUAUAAUAUUAAAACCAGCGAUAGAUAUAUAUCAUACAUCAUCUCGAUUUUUAAUAAUAUGGCGUAAAGAUCGUGAUUUAGAGAAAUUUGUAAAUUUAUGUCGUUACUUAAUAGCAUCAUUGAAUUCAGAAUCACCAAAAUAUAGUUAUGUGGGUGUAUCAUUAAAUAAAGAAUUUGCUGUACCAUGGAUUGCACAUAUUAAAAAUAUUUUAUGGAAAUGUUGUAUAUAUUUGGAAGAUUUAAAACCAGAAUUACCAUCAAAUUUAAAGCAUAUUGUUGUGUUGUUGCAUACAUUGGUUGCAUUCACUGCAACAAAUACAUGGAUUAUUUUAACUACAAAAAGUAUGGAAAUAUUAAAUCCUGGUAUGAAUCAAUUAUGUGCAAAUAUUUUAGGUGAUUUAUUUCAUAAAGGUUUUUAUAUUACGUUAAAGUCUGUAUUACAUCGUGGUUUAGGUCGUACUAAAGUAGCGUUAAAACAUAUAUCAUUAUCAGCGAUAGUUACAUUGUCAUUACGUCCAUUAAUUUCAUCAAAUUAUUCAGAAAAAUUAAUGACAAUGUUCUUAAUACAUAUCUUAUCAGUGCCAGCUUUAAUUUAUCAUUUGAAUUUAAUUGCACCUGAGUGCAUUUCCAUGAUAGUUAGUUUAAACAUAUUAGUUAAGAGUGUGGAAUUAUUAUCCAGUGAUCAAAACAUGCGUAUCGUAUUUAAUGCACUUGAAGGAAAUUAUGCGUUAUGUUUAUUAGCAAAUUUAGUACAAUUAUCAUAUAUUGAACGUGAAGAAUCAUUAAAUGAUAAAUUUAUUCCUAAUUUUGUGCAUGUAUGUACAAGAAUCUUAGAAAGUUGUGGUCGGUAUGUUUCAAGUAAACAAUCAAGUUUAACACAUUGGCAUCCAGUACUUGGUUGGUUUGCACAACCACCAGAUGAGGCAUUACAAGCAUCUAUUCCUCAUAUGAAACAUCAACUACGCUUAUUAUGGCAUUCGAAUAUGGUUAAAACGUUAUUAGGAAAUCUUUUAAAUCAAUUAGUUGAUGGCGUAGAACAACAGAAUAUAAUUCAAAUAGCAAAUGAACAACAUCAUUUGAGUGGACCAAGUAAUUUAAUACGACGUGCAUUAGAAUCACGUACAAAAACAUCGAAUCAAUUAAAAAUACAAUAUAAACUAGGCGGUAACGAGUGCAGUUCAAUUGCAUUGAUAUGUUCAAUGUAUCAAACAGCCUUGGAUACAUUAACACAAUUACGUUUAGAUAUAUUAACUGGUAUCUGUUAUCAGGAGCAUAUUUUAUAUGAUUUAUGGUUAUUUUUAACAACAUUAGGUCCAUGUUGUGGUCUUAAAUCUUUUAUUGAUUUAUUAAUGGUUAAUGUUAAAUGUUCGUCACCGGAAUUUCAAAUGUUACAAUUAUUUUGUGAUUGUACAACACAUUGUGUUACGAUUCUUGAUGAUAUUGAAAUGUAUGAACAACAAAAACCUUUCAAAUUAACAGAUAUUGUGAAAUUAUCUGGUUUUUUAAAUCAAUUUUUGUAUAAAAUUAUUAUGGGUAAUAUAUUUGACUUAAAACACAUUCAAUCUAAUCCAUUAUUCCAAUCGUUGCAUAUUUUAUUAAUGGUUUUGUAUCGACGUGAUUGUCGUCGGCCAUAUAGUCCACCAGGUCAUUGGUUAAUUAAAGAUAUUAAAGUUGCAUCAUUUAUGUCAGAUUUAGAACGUGGAAAAAAGGCACCAUUAAUGUUAUUAGUACGAAUGCCACAUGUGAUUCCGCACGAUGAACGAGUACGAUUAUUUCGUAAAAAUGUUAUAAAUGAAAAAACAGUUUUGGGUCUUACAGAAUCAGCAUGUGCAUCACCUCAAUCAACAUUAAUUACUAUUCAUAGGAAUCGAAUUGUUGAAGAUGGCUAUAGACAAUUAGCUGCAUUACCACCACAGGCAUUAAAAGGCGUUAUACGGGUACGAUUUAUAAACGAACAGGGUUUAGAUGAAGCUGGAAUUGAUCAAGAUGGUGUAUUCAAAGAAUUUUUAGAGGAAACGAUCAAGCGUGUUUUUGAUCCAUCGUUAAAUUUAUUUCGUGUUACAAAUGAAGAACGAUUAUAUCCUGCACCAACAUCAUAUUUACAAGAAAACCAUUUACAAUUAUUUGAAUUUAUUGGUCGAAUGUUAGGCAAAGCUGUUUAUGAGGGAAUUGUGGUGGAGGUACCAUUUGCAUCAUUUUUUCUAAGUCAAGUAUUAGGUCACACACAGAAAGCUUUAUACAGUGCAAUGGAUGAAUUACCAUCAUUAGAUCGGGAUUUAUAUAGAAGUUUAACAUUUAUUAAACAUCACGAAGGUGAUGUUGCUGAUUUGGAUUUAAUGUUUAGUGUUGAUGAAGAUGUGAUGGGUCGAAUUGUUACGCAUGAAUUAAUUCCUGGUGGUAAAGCUAUACCAGUUACAAAUGAAAAUAAAAUUAAUUAUAUUCAUUUGAUGGCACAUUUUCGAAUGCAUACUCAAAUAAAAGAUCAAACGGCGGCUUUUAUCAGAGGUUUCCGUUCUAUUAUUAAUCCGGAAUGGUUAUUGUUGUUCUCAACGCCUGAACUACAACGGUUAAUAUCCGGUGAUAACGUGCCAUUAGACUUACGUGAUUUAAGACGACAUACUCAAUACUAUGGUGGUUUUCAUGAUUCUCAUCGUGUAGUCAGUUGGCUGUGGGAUAUUUUAGAUAAAGAUUUUACUGAAGAGGAACGUACAUUAUUUUUAAAGUUUGUAACCAGUUGUUCAAAGCCACCAUUACUUGGUUUUGCACAUUUAGAACCACCAUUUUCAAUUCGUUGUGUAGAAGUUGGUGACGAUGAAGAUACCGGCGAUACAAUAGGAAGUGUUAUACGUGGUUUUUUUACAAUACGUAAAAAAGAUCCAUUAAAUCGAUUACCAACAUCGUCAACAUGUUUUAAUUUAUUAAAAUUACCAAAUUAUCAUAAAAAAAGUACGUUACGUGAAAAAUUACGUUAUGCUGUUACUUGUAAUCCUGGAUUUGAAUUGUCGUAAUUCAUU